UGCCGUUUUGGCCUCCCCAACGAGCUCCUGUUCCCACGCGUUACGGCCAGCGCCAUCUGGUGCACGGCUCGGCCUCCUCUCCUCCCUCUUGUGACCCUCGACUCCCCUCUCCGCUCUUGGUCCCCAUCCUCGGUGUCGUUUCUGGCGUUCAACGGUUCUCUGCUGCCACCCUGCCCCCGGCGUUCGUUCCUCCCAAUUCCUUCGAUACCCACGGCGCGUCCCGCCAUUGCUAGUCCCAACUGUCCAUAUUCGCUAUUCCUCCUUCGUCCUCCCCCCCUCCCCCCCCGCCUGCAGUGAUCUGCGCACUCGUCUAUAUUUUGCAUUUGCUCCAGCUUUAUCCUUUUAGCCUCACCUCCCACCCCGCUGCCCUUGUCCGCCACCCUCCAGCGAGGUGCGCCCACCGUUAUCGGCUCCUCCCUUGUCCUCAAGCAUGCCGCUCAUCAAUGGAGAGAAGUUCGCGUGUCAGUCCUGCAUCAAAGGUCACCGUGUGAGCGGUUGCACGCAUACUGAUCGCGAGCUGCAACACAUCAACCCCAAGGGUCGUCCUGUCAAGCAAUGCGAGCACUGUCGCGGUGCGCGCAAGUCCAAGUCCCACCACGCCAAGUGCGACUGUGGCGAGAAGAAGGACAAGGGCAAGCUGAAAGACAGAGGCGACGCGAAGGGUGAGAUUCUAGCUGAUGUCGAUGUCGACGGUGUCUCUAAUCAUGCUGCAGUCGGUGAGAACGCUUGCUGCUGCCAUUCUGGCGCCAAAUGCAUCUGUGGCUUGAAGAGUGACAUCUUCGACCUGAAGCUAGACACUGGCAGACACUCUCUCCACGGCGCGAGAACGAAACCCAAGCUCACUUCUACUCACUCUGAAAGCACGCUGACUGUGUUUGCCAACGGUCACCACAAGCCGUGUCACCGCAACAACAACACUGCCCACGUUUCUGGCGCCCCAUACAAGAUCCCUCGGCCCCACACUCUUCACGGUCACGCCGCGUUUGCCGCAUGCUCGCAAGGAAAUGGGUUUGGGCGCUCGGAAAGUAUGCCCCAGCGCUCUGCGGACACCCUCUCGGUGACGAACAACGAUUUCCACGCCAUAUUUGGGUCUACUCCGCGUGAGAUGGGAAGCCCAAUCACGCCUCUGACAGGGACGCUUGAUGGAAAUGGCAUUGGCGAUGCUCUGUUCACUGCCCAGGGCUCGGCAUUUGCUCAGGAUGGCAAUUCGCCCGAGAGCCAGUUGGAGGAAUCAGUAUCCACCCAGCAAUGGCCAUGGACCAACUCCAACACGACUCUUAACAGGAACUUCGGAUUCGGCAGCCUUUCAACCUCGCCUUCCCAAGAUUGCCUUCCCAGCCUCGAAAAUGAAUGGAACAUUCCUUCCGCGGGUUUGAACACCAACAAUUCGGUGUGGUCUGCUGGGGACCUUCCGCUGGAUCCUAACAAGCUAAAUGACAGCCUGACCCAACCUAUCUCGCAUAGUGGCGAGUCGAACAAGCAUAGCUUGCCGGGCCUAACGACAGGUUCGUCAACCCAAUCGGAGAACGGGGAAACCGCAUUUAUUGGAGACGUGGAAUUUAGAAACCCGCCAUCGGCGGUGAGCGAUUCGCUCUUUUGGGAAGACAGCCCAGCACACCGGUUAGCAACCUCCAUAUCAAGCGAAGUGCGAACAGCCCCAACCUCUGUUCCGUCUGUGGGUGCUGUGGAGCCCCAGAUUUUGGAUCUCGAUUACAGCAAUCAAGCCAAUGAGGGGUCACCAUUCAAGUCGAACAUCGGCUUCACGCCCAAUUCACUUGCAUUCUCCAACUCUAUCGACGACGUCCGAGGUUCGAAGGCUUUAAUUAAUGCACCAACGACGUUGACAGGCUCGGGCCAGGCCGACGGGAUUACGGCUUUUUCUGCCAUCUCCAUGCCAAACACCAUGGACGACAUUAUGCCUAACGAUCCCUGGCUGCUUGAGCCGAACACCUUUGGCGGACUCAAUAGCUUCGACGGAACCUUCCAACCCUGGCUGUAGCUUAUUCAUCUUGCUACCUCCAGUCACCCUGCGCGUCAAAGCUGUUGGUCCCUUCACGACGCCAUGAUUCAUGACGCUGCUGGAUACCACCGUUAUUCAAGAUUUCCCUUCUUUACAAUUCCCUUUACUUUUUUUUUUUUUUAAAGCCUUUCAAUCUUCCUUCAGACCCCAGGUCACCUGUGUAUAUUCGCUGACCCGGCCCGAACACUCAUUUUGUUCUCUGUUCGAGGCCUUGUUUGAUAUUUCCACCAUCUCUGUUUGCGUACACCAUGGGGCUUGCAAGCGAGCAUUCACACUCCGUAUAUACAAGUGGGAUGUGGUGUUGGUGUGGCACGACACUAUCUUUGUCAAAGGCGGGUGGGUUUGCAUGUGGGGGUUUGCUCCGAAAACUAUAGAGUGGGAACUGGCGUUGCAUUGCUUUGUCGUGUCUCUACAAGGAAUGGGAAAAUAUUCUGUUCGCUUC